AUGGCCAUCUCAAGUUGCCUCUGCCAGGCCCUGAAGAUCGAAAUUCCAGGUCGUCCAAUGGCUGCCGCUUUGUGCCAUUGCAGCGACUGUCGGAAGAUCUCUGGUGGUGCCUUUGGCUUCAACUGGGUUGUCGCCCUCAAAGAUGUCGAAAUCACCGGAAUUCCCAAGACAUUCAGCACGACGGCCAACAGUGGCAACACUGUCACCAGCCAUUUCUGCAACAACUGCGGUGUCACUCUCUGGAGAGACGGACCAGCUUCUGAUGGAUUGAUGUAUCUGAAGGCGGGAACACUGGAUGACUUCAACGACCAGAAAUUGGUCACACCGAUGGCUGAAAUUUUCGUGUCUAAGCGCUUGAGCUGGUUGGGACCUGUUCCAGGAGCCGCACAGAAGCUGGAGAUGAAGUAA